GAAACUAAAAAAAUCUUAAAAAAUAGAAAAGAAAAAUGUUAAAAACAAUGACAUAAGCUUAGAAUGUGAGAGGAUGAUAAUGAAUGAAUCAUAGAUUAUACAAAUAUAAGAGAUUACUGGUUUUGUGUUAUUGGAGUGUGUCUGUCUUAUAGUUUUUUUUUUUCACCACUAAUUUAAUCUCAUGAGUAAGUUCUGACAUCAAGUGGUUUCAGUCUCCUUCCGAUCGUAACUGCGGGGAUUGAACCAUAAUCCUCGCUGUCAAGUUCAGCGCUUAUCACCAUCGGACCGACUAACUAUUGGUGUCAGUCUUAUAGUUUAAUUUAACUUAACUUAACUCAGCUUAGCUCAGCUUAUUGGUUUGACUUUAAUACAAGUUUGUAUCUGUGGGGUAUGAAUUGAAUCCUCAUCAGUAUCUUCUCUUUCUCUCUGCUUGGAAUCAUCUACUUUCUCUGCCUCUUUCCUUCUUGUCUCUCUCGGUGGCUACCAUUAUCAAGAAAAAUUCUCAACUCUUUUGACAAAAGGACAAGGUUUUUUCAGAUCUGUUUGGUAGUUGAAACAUCUAUUGAUUCUAAUAAGAAGCAAGUUUUGGUUUGGUUUGGAUUGGAUUGUGGAGAAAGAAGUAAGAAGAACCAUACCCAUCAUGGGAGAUGGUGCUGCAGUGACAUCAUCUGCAACCAUGAUGGAAGGUCCACCACAAGAUGAAAAUUCAAUGGAUUUUGAUUACAUGAGUGAACUUUUGUUAGAUGGUUGUUGGUUGGAAGCUUCCGCGGAUGGAUCUGAGUUCUUACUGCAAAGUUCUCCUUUUUCCAAUCCAAUCUUUGACCCUUCAUUCUCUUGGCCUUCCUUGGAGAAUACUGAGCCACCCCGCAACGAGGAUGGGCACGUUGGUAUUGAACAAGAAAGUCAGAUUAUAGUUAAUAAUGCUGGCAGUAGUGACCGGCAGCAGUGUGAGUUUGAGACUCGUUCGGGUGAAGGGGUUAGUAGGUUGUGGAUUCCACCGACGCCUAAUCCAGGACCUGGUGGAUCUUUCAUAACCGAGAAGCUGAUAAGAGCCCUCAAGUGGAUCAAAGAUUUCAAUAGGAACAAAGAUAUGCUUAUACAAAUAUGGGUGCCGGUUAAUAGAGGGGAUGAUAGGCCAAUUCUGAGAGCUAAUGAUCUUCCUUUUUCACUUGAAUCAAGGUCUUUAAACCUUGCAAAGUACCGAGAGAUCUCUGUAAGAUAUCAGUUUUCUGUAGAGGAGGAGGACUCGAAGGAGUUGGUGGCGGGUUUGCCUGGUCGAGUUUAUAGGGAUAAGAUUCCUGAGUGGACGCCUGAUGUUCGAUUCUUCAGGAGUGAAGAGUAUCCGCGAGUUGACCAUGCUCAAGAGUGUGAUAUACACGGAACAUUAGCGGUUCCGGUGUUUGAACAAGGGAGCAGGACAUGUUUGGGUGUUAUUGAAGUGGUGAUGACUACACAGCAGAGUAACUAUGGCCGUGAACUUGAGACUGUUUGCAAAGCGCUCGAGGUUGUUGAUCUCAGAAGCUCUGGACAUUCAAGUCUUCAGAAUGUGAAGGCGUGCGACAAAUCCUAUGAAACUGCACUACCUGAGAUUCAAGAGGUUUUGAGAUCUGCAUGUGAAAUGCACAAAUUACCUUUGGCUCAGACUUGGAUCUCAUGCAUCCAACAGGGAAAAGACGGGUGCCGGCACUCCGAUGAUAAUUAUGCAAACUGUAUAUCUCCGGUGGAGUAUGCGUGCUAUGUUGGUGAUUCCUCAGUUAGAUUUUUUCACGAGGCUUGCAUGGAGCAUCACUUGUUAAAAGGUCAAGGUGUUGCCGGGGGUGCUUUCAUGACAAACCAACCGUGCUUCUCGGCUGACAUAACUUCUUUAAGCAAGACAGAUUAUCCAUUGUCUCAUCACGCCAGGUUGUUUGGAUUGCGAGCUGCAGUUGCCAUACGACUCCGAAGCAUCUAUAGUACUUCAGAUGACUAUGUUCUCGAGUUCUUCCUGCCUGUAGAUUGCAAUGACAGUGAAGAACAGAAAAAUAUGCUCACAUCUUUGUCCAUGAUUAUUCAAAGGGUUUGCCGCAGCUUGCGAGUUAUAACAGAUAAGGAAUUGGAUAAAGAUAACUUACCAUCUAAUGAAGUGAUGGCCGUUACUGAUGGUCGAUUUGCUACAAAUGCAAUCUGGUCGGAAUCUCAACACAGGAGGAUGGCUGCCUCAUUGGGUGGUGAAGAAAAGUUAAGCGAAACAAUGAGUAGAAAAUUCUCAGAACAAAGGCGGCAACAGGAAACUCUUACUUUAAAAGGAGAUCUUGAUUGUGGUAGGGCGAGUUCUCCUUCUGUGGAGGGUACUUUCUUGUCAAGUUUGGGAAUAAAUAGAACUGGAGAGAAAAGACGGGCUAAGGCAGAGAAAACUAUCACUCUUCAAGUCCUUAGGCAGUAUUUCGCUGGAAGUCUAAAAGAUGCUGCGAAAAAUAUUGGCGUCUGUACCACAACUCUGAAAAGGAUCUGCAGGCAACACGGGAUAAAGCGUUGGCCUUCUCGGAAGAUAAAAAAGGUUGGUCACUCUUUGCAGAAACUUCAACUCGUCAUUGACUCAGUUCAGGGUGCUUCUGGUUCAUUUCAAAUUGAUUCCUUCUAUUCAAAAUUCUCUGAUCUAUCGUCUCCAAGAACCAGCCUAAUCUCAACUCUGAAUCAAAUCGAUAAUCAAGUCUCGUUAAGCACUCUGCCAGAUCCCGACUCAUUAAGCCCCGAAGGUGCAUCGAAAUCACCCUCAUCUUCAUGUAGUCAAAGUUCAUUUUCAAGCCAUUCCUGUUCCAGCAUGUCAGAGCAACAACACCGCAAAGGCAAUGUUGCUAUUGGUAACAAAGAUCCAUCGGUUGGUGAAGAUUCUGUUGAUGUUGUGUUGAAGAGAAUCAGAAGUGAAGCAGAACUUAAAAGCCUGAUUCAAGAUAAUAAAACAAAGCUCAUGCCAAGAUCACAAAGUCAGGAAACACUAGGUGAAAACCCGAAAACCGAGCAUCACAAAUCCUUCUUAAAAUCCGCUCCCAAAGCUUCUCAAAAGGAGGAUUCUCACAGAGUAAAAGUUACAUUUGGAGACGAGAAAACACGGUUUAGGUUGCCAAAGAACUGGGGUUAUGAAGAUCUUGUGCAGGAAAUUGCUAGAAGAUUUAAUGUAAGUGAAAUGAGCAAAUUCGAUAUCAAAUAUUUGGACGAUGAUUAUGAAUGGGUAUUACUAACUUGUGACGCAGAUUUGGAGGAGUGCAUUGAUGUUUGUCAAUCUUCUGAGACUAGUACCAUCAAACUUUGUCUGCAACCCUCCAGUAAUUUUAUCAGGAGUUCUUUAGAAUUUAGAUAGAAAAAUCAUUUUGUGAUUGUAAAUUGUAAGAUCCUUUGUCAUGUAUAUGAAAAUAAUGUUAAGAGUAAGUCUUAGAAGUUUGUAGCUUAAAAGCCAAGAUUCCUUCUUUUUAGUUUUGUUUAAAGAAAUUGUAUUAUUUUGUUAGACUAUAAGGAUAUACUUUUGUCUAUCCUUAUAUAUACUAGGAGCAAUAAGCAGGAUUCAACAUUUGUUUGUUAAGUAUGAUGAUGAUGAUUAAUACAAAAUUGUAUGAUUUAAACACCUCAA